GUGUUGCAAUUUCUCUUGGAACGAGGUUCGAAUCCGAAUGCACGAUCAUCCGAUAAUAAGACGCCUUUAAUAUAUGCAUGCACGCGAGGUGAACAAGUUGGAGUUGUCAAGAGGCUGUUGGAUGCAGGCGCGAACCCUGAUCUCGUGUCUGAUAGGGGCUUCAGCGCCCUCCAUUAUGCAAUCGAGUCAAAGAGCGACGACUUAGUGCAACUUCUACUCAAGCAAGGGACGCCCUUGCCCAGUGCUACAGAGACCGGUGUUACAAUCCUGGGUUCUGCUGUCCAACAUAGAAUGUCCUCUGUGGUUGAGCUUCUUUUGCAACAUGGGGCUAACCCGUUUGAGAUGCACUGUGGCAAGACAGUCAUCGAGUGGGUUAUUAUGGAUGACGACCCGGUCUACUUGAACCACAUAGUCCACUACGGGAUCCGCAUGGUUGAGGCUGAGAGCAUGUUCACACCAUUGCAUCUUGCGGCAAUGAUAGGCAAUUUGGAACUCAUUGAGAAGCAUUCAUCUAGUCUCGGGGCCAAAGAUGCGGUUUACGAACGGACCGCGCUGCAUUGGGUUGCAAAUAAAGGUGAAUUGGAUGCGCUGAAAUACUUGAUUUACUUGGGUGAGGAAGUGUCAGUUCAGGAUAAGCAGGGAAUGACGGCCCUGCAUUUGGCAGCGGCUCGUGGAAAGGGAGAUAUGGUGGAAGCCUUGAUUCAAAAGGACGACCGGUGCAAAAUGUUGAAGGAUAUUCACGGUUGGGCUGCUAUGCACAUUGCCAAAGCAUAUGGAAGGACCGAGGCUGUCUCCAUUCUUUCUAGUAUUUCUCCAUCGGGAGUACAAGAAGUGCCAAGUUGCUACCUCCCAAGCCGGUGGGGUGGUGAAGAAGAGAGUUCUGCAAGAUACUUGCUAGCUGGGAGAGGCCUUAAAAUUAUUACUGGAGGAAUCGGGAACGAUUGGACCAUGAUACAAAUUCGCCCUAAUCAUCCAAUGCCUCUCGAAAAACAUGUAUAUUACUAUGAGGUGGCAAUUAUCAAUGCUGCAACAUUCAAGAUUCUGGGCCUCGGGUUCUGCGAGGAAAACGCUAAGAAGGGGGGGAUGCCUGGCUGGUAUGGGAAGUCGUGGGGUUAUCACGCCGAUGAUGGAUUACUCUACGCGGAAAGCGGGAGAGGGAAAGAGUAUGGACCGACAUAUGAAGAUGGAGAUGUGGUGGGAUGUGGUGUGGACUUUGAUGCACAAUGUGCGUUUUUCACCCAUAAUGGAAAGAUCCUCGGCACGUUCCCUUGUAAACUGCAGGGUAUCUACUACCCUGUGUUUGGCUAUGGCGAGAACGGGAUUGAGAUCACUACGAACUUUGGCCCUGGUGGAUUUCGCUUUGAAGGAGUG